GGGCAGUUUAGAGCUUAGUUCUGUGAUUGUGUCGACAAUGAGAAGAGCGAACAGAAGCUACUUUCUCUACCGGAAACUCGUCGGCGGCGUUGCUCAAUCGAGCCUAUCCACGCAGCCAAUCAAGCGCCCUCCUCUAUGGAGGCCUUUCUCCAGCGGCAACGAGAAAUCCCUAGUCGGGGCAAAGUCCAAGAAAGAGUCGGCAGUGCUUGAGAAGUUCCGGCAGAGGAAACUCCAAGGUUCUCUCAAAACCCAGCAACACGACCCUGGAACGGGUUCGAACGGAGACGGUAAAAGUGACAAUGCCCUGGAAAAUGGAGCGGCUGCGGCGGCAAACGCGGAAGCGGCAGAGGUGGUCUCGAGCUUCGCGGAGUUGGGUUUAAGAGAGGAGCUCAUAGCAGCCGCCGAGGAGAUGGGCGUUCGAGUUCCGGAUGAAAUUCAGUGCGUUGGCAUUCCAGCCAUCUUGGAAGGGAAGAGCGUGGUUCUAAGUUGUGAUGACGGAGACGAUGAAUCCGCCGGCGGGAGAACUCUGGCUUACUUACUUCCCCUAAUUCAGUUGUUAAGGCAGAAGGAGGUCAUCCCCAGUUCCAAAAAGCACCCAAAAGCCAUUGUUCUUUGCCCAACAGAUGAGCUAGCAGAUGAGGUUUUCCGUGGGGCGGCAUUCGUCUGUGAUUGUAUUGCGAGAACGAGACCUGAAGCUGCAAAGGGCUCAAUUGGGUUGCUGGUAGGAACUCCUGAAGAGGUUCUACAGCAGAUAGAGGAUGGUACCAUUGUAGUUGAUGAUAUCAGAUACUUGGUAGUGGAUGAAGCAGAUGCAAUGCUUGAAGUAAGCUAUUAUAGAGAUCAAAUCAGCAAGAUUAUCCACCCGUUGCAGAAGCCUGAUAUCCUGAGGAUUCAGACUGUGUUGGCUUCGUCACCCAUAACUAAGAUGCUUUCCGAAGAUUACACAUCAUUGGUGAAAAGUAUAGAGCGUGAAAACGCGGGGCAAGUUGCAGCAAUGUUGCUGGAGAUGGAUCAAGAAGAGGUAUUUGAUGUUCUAAAGCUGCCAGGUGGUCUGAAGCGGAAAGUUGCUGAAGCUAUGGAUUCCCUUUCAUCCAAUACUUGAACUUUUGAUGUCUUAUCAGCCAGGGCAUUUUGAUUCCGAAGCUUGACUUGUGUUUUCUUUUUAGGAUCGUUGUAGAUACUCUCAACUGAUCCAUGCUGCUCUCUUUAGAGUUUAGUGUACAUGCAAAUGGUUAGGAUUUAGUUCCAAG